AUGCCUUUGAUCAGAGAUCGACGAAUUUCCAACUUUCAGUCGUUUCUUGAUAGAGAUUUCGAGAUGAUGCUGAGCAUGAGAAGAUCAGUUACCGACGUUCACCGCCGGGCAAACUCAAUUUACUCGAGUGUUCGACCACUAAAGAUGGAAUACCACAGGGCAACAACAAAUGUCGAGUAUUUGCGCGAAAGAAGCAUCGAAAGCCGCAAAAAACUAGAAGACUAUCUUUUGCGACCUGAUAUUCGCCGCUUGAAAGUUUAA